CAUUGUCUUGUUCCAAAAAUGAUAAGAAAGAUAUUUCUGAAGCCUACAAAAAUCCUCUAAAACUCACUUCACUGGCCGCUCCUCUCUCUCCGUUUCCCGCUUCAAACAACGCUCGGCAAACCCCACAAUCCUAUCCGGGGGUUUCGUUUCCACCGUUUCGGCUCUCCGAAACCUCCAACUCGAAACUCAUGCAAUUAGGGGUUUUGGGGGGUUUAUCUGUCCACCAUUCUCUUUGCUCAGCUCCCUUUAGACCAAGCGUCUCAACUCAAAUGGCCGCUUUCGGAGCUCUCUCUCCUUGUCCGUACAGCCUCCUGUGGCGGCCGAAACCUACAAACCGCUGCGUUUCGUGCUCUGUUGGCUCUUCUGCUGUUACAGGUACACGUGGGUCGAAUGUUAAAAGAUCGGGAAGAAUGGAAGGGCCUCGGAAAAGCAUGGAAGACUCUGUUCAACGAAAGAUGGAACAAUUUUAUGAAGGCAGAGAGGGCCCACCAAUCCGUGUUUUACCAAUUGGUGGCCUGGGAGAAAUUGGGAUGAAUUGCAUGCUGGUUGGGAAUUAUGAUCGCUAUAUUCUGAUUGAUGCUGGUGUCAUGUUUCCAGACUUUGAUGAGCUUGGAGUCCAAAAGAUUAUACCUGAUACCACAUUUAUCAAAAAAUGGAGCCACAAAAUUGAAGCAAUUGUUAUUACACAUGGGCAUGAAGAUCACAUUGGUGCGUUGCCUUGGGUGAUCCCAGCUUUGGAUCCCCGUACACCAAUAUUUGCAUCAUCCUUUACCAUGGAGCUUAUUAAAAAACGCCUGAAGGAACAUGGGAUUUUUGUUCCAUCUAGACUUAAGACAUUUAGAACAAAGAGGAAAUUUAUGGCUGGACCAUUUGAGAUUGAGCCUGUUCGGGUGACACAUUCAAUUCCUGACUGUUGUGGAUUAGUCCUUCGCUGUUCUGAUGGGACAAUUCUUCAUACUGGGGACUGGAAGAUUGACGAAUCACCAUUGGAUGGUAGAGGUUUUGACCGUGAAGCUUUGGAAGAACUUUCAAAAGAAGGAGUAACCUUGAUGAUGAGUGACUCUACAAACGUACUAUCACCUGGAAGGACUACGAGUGAAACUUCUGUGGCAGAUGCGUUGUUGAGGCAUAUUUCAGCUGCUAAAGGGAGGGUUAUUACUACUCAGUUUGCUUCAAACAUACACCGACUUGGAAGUGUGAAAGCUGCUGCUGAUUUUACCGGCAGAAAGUUGGUAUUUGUUGGUAUGUCCUUAAGGACAUAUCUUGAUGCAGCUUGGAAGGAUGGGAAGGCACCAAUUGAUCCAUCAUCCCUGGUGAAAGUGGAAGAUAUUGAUUCCUAUGCUCCAAAGGAUUUGCUAAUCGUCACAACUGGCUCUCAAGCAGAACCACGUGCUGCUCUAAAUCUUGCAUCAUUUGGAAGUAGUCACUCUGUCAAACUGACCAAAGAGGAUAUAAUUUUGUAUUCAGCUAAGGUAAUUCCUGGUAAUGAAUCUCGGGUUAUGAAAAUGUUAAACCGCAUAUCAGAGAUUGGGUCCACCAUAGUUAUGGGUAAGAAUGAGGGGCUGCACACAUCUGGUCAUGGGUAUCGUGGAGAACUGGAAGAAGUGCUUCAAAUUGUGAAGCCGCAACAUUUUCUGCCCAUACAUGGAGAGCUCUUGUUUCUCAAAGAGCAUGAAUUGCUUGGGAGAUCAACUGGCAUCCGGCACACCACUGUUAUAAAGAACGGGGAAAUGCUUGGGGUUUCUCAUUUAAGAAACAGAAGGGUACUUUCUAAUGGUUUCACCUUGCUUGGAAAAGAGAAUUUGCAGUUGAAGUUUAGCGAUGGCGAUAAAGCAUUUGGUACAUCAAGUGAACUUUGUGUUGAUGAGAGACUAAGAGUUGCCUUAGAUGGCAUAAUAGUGGUCAGCAUGGAAAUUUUACGCCCUCAAAAUGUAAAUGGUCUGACUGAAAAUAGCAUUAAGGGGAAGAUAAAAAUUACUACUCGAUGCUUAUGGCUUGACAAGGGGAAGCUUAUUGAUGCACUCCAUAAAGCUGCCCAUGCUGCACUGUCAAGCUGCCCCAUAAAUUGUCCUCUGCCUCACAUGGAAAGAACAGUGUCUGAGGUAUUGAGAAAAUUGGUAAGAAAGUACAGUGGUAAGAGGCCAGACGUAAUUGCCAUUGCCAUGGAGAACCCUGCAGCAGUUCUUGCUGAUGAGGUCAGUGUAAGACUAUCUGGAAAAUCUCAUGUUGGUUCUGAGAUGUCCACAUUGAGGAAAGUAAUUGAUCGACAUCCAUAUAAGAGUCAGUCAAAUAGGACACAAGCAGAUGAAGGCAAGGACAACGCACGUUUGCAGAGCACUUCACAACAAGAUACGGAAGAGUACGUACUUGAAGAUGAUGGCAUUGAAGUCGAAGUACUCCUACCUGAGGAAGAUUCUGCUACCUCAAAUUCCAAGUCAGAAAAGCUUUCUUCUGAUUCAGAGAAGUCAGAUGAUUUUUGGAAUGCAAUCGUUAGGUUAUCAACUGUUGACAAAUCAGUAGAAGAUAAAAAUGGUUUGGCUGUGCAACAGGAACAUCUAAAGAAAGAUGGUCCUGACAGCAGUGAAAUACCAAAUCCCUCAAAGCCAGUGAAACGCAAUAAAUGGAAGCCCGAGGAGGUUGAGAAGCUUAUUAAAAUGCGCGGGAAACUGCGAAGCAGAUUUCAAGUUGUGAAGGGGAGAAUGGCCCUCUGGGAAGAGAUAUCUAGAAACUUGUUGGCUGAUGGGAUCAAUCGAAGCCCAGGACAAUGCAAAUCUCUGUGGGCAUCCCUGGUUCAAAAAUAUGAGGAAAGCAAGAGUGGAAAAAGAAGCCAAAAGAGUUGGCCAUAUUUUGAGGAAAUGGAUGGAGCUUUGUCUGAUUCUGAGGAAAUGGCAACAAAAUGAUUGGUAGAGGAGAAAUGGCAACAAAAGCCCCAUGAACUUCUGAAAGAUCCCGAAAACAAUAUUUAAUCUGAUUAAGCUGGAGGAGCAGCCAAAUGAUAAUUCACCAAGACUCAAGGUUUGGAUGGUUGCCAGAUCAAAGGAAUGGGAAAAAAAAAAAUAGAAAUUAGGUUAUUUUUUCUGUGUACCCACAUAACCUAGAUGUAUAUCAGUCAAAUCAGAUAGAUAAGCAAAGGGGGAAGGGCGGAAUUUUUGUAGCGGGGGAAAUCUUUGGUUCUAUAAUUUUUAUCCUACAUCUUGUUUUCCAAUA